GGGCGGGGAGAGCGUCGUCGCGUCCGGUGACGUCUCCGGAGGGGACGUCGGUGUAGUCGGCAGCGUCGGCUGCCGUGCCGGAGUCGUCCGCUGGAAAAUGGCGGAAUACUUGGCCUCCAUCUUCGGCACCGAGAAAGACAAAGUCAACUGUUCAUUUUAUUUCAAAAUCGGAGCAUGUCGUCAUGGAGACAGAUGUUCUCGGUUGCACAAUAAACCAACCUUUAGCCAGACCAUCUUGAUUCAAAACAUCUAUCGUAAUCCCCAAAACAGUGCACAGACGGCUGACGGCUCACACUACCAUUGCCCUCUUGAACAUUUACCGUAACCCUCAAAACUCUUCCCAGUCUGCUGACGGUUUGCGCUGUGCUGUGAGCGACGUGGAGAUGCAGGAGCACUAUGAUGAGUUCUUUGAGGAAGUCUUCACUGAGAUGGAAGAAAAGUAUGGGGAAGUUGAGGAGAUGAACGUCUGUGACAACCUAGGAGACCACCUGGUGGGGAACGUGUAUGUCAAGUUUCGACGUGAGGAGGAUGCGGAGAAAGCUGUGAUGGACUUGAAUAACCGCUGGUUUAACGGGCAGCCCAUCCAUGCAGAGCUGUCGCCAGUAACUGACUUCAGGGAAGCCUGUUGUCGCCAGUAUGAAAUGGGAGAGUGCACAAGAGGGGGUUUCUGCAACUUCAUGCAUCUGAAGCCAAUCUCAAGAGAGCUGCGACGGGAGCUGUAUGGGCGCAGGCGCAAGAAGCAUAGAUCCAGGUCCCGAUCCAGGGAGCGGCGUUCCCGAUCCAGAGACCGUGGGCGCGGAGGUGGCGGUGGCGGUGGCGGUGGUGGAGGACGGGAGCGUGACAGGAGGCGGUCAAGAGACCGGGAGAGAUCUGGACGAUUCUGAGCCGAGCCAUUUUUACCGUGUGUCUGCUAGACAGUGUUGUAGUUGGUUGACAAGCCAGUUCAUAAUGGGAUUUUUUUUUUAAAAAACAACAAAAAAAAACAAAGAUGGGUUUCUGAAUAAAAUUUGUAGUGAUACAGUA